UUCACAUAUCAACAAACAUAAGCAACCUUACAAUCAAAAUAUUAAUCAGUUUGGUGAGCCACAAACUUCCAGAACGAAAAAAAUAUCGCCAUCCAAGUCAGUCGUUUCGACAUUCAGUCUUUUGCAAUCGUUAGUGUCCAGCAGUUGAAUGAUUGAAGUCGGGGAAUUGCUGAGAGUUUGUAACACUCCUAUUCGUAGGCUUCAGAAUUUUCAACGACUCUCUGACGCGUGACGCAACUUGAUUAUACCUCUUUCUGCUUCUCAUCUCAUAAGCAACUGUUGCAAACAAUUCGUAAUCAUACGCAAGGAUGUUUUUUGAAAAUAAUCUCGGCAAAGAUUAUUCCAACAUAUCUAAACACGAACUACGAUUGCGUGUUUGUAACAACGAAAGAGAUCUUGACGAAAGUUUACGUAGCAUGGCUAAAUAUUUGAUCAACUAUAAUAUCGACAAAAGACGUAUCAUGUUGAAUCAUUCAUUUGUGAACAUAAGUAGAAUUAAAAAAUUCCAAGAUUUAUGUAACGAAGAUAUUGUAGGCAGAUAUUUUCCCAUCACUUACGUCGUAAAUGUAUUUUAUUCUUAUUCUAAACUAAUAAAUGUAACUCUAGAUGCUUUGGAGAUCUUUUCAAACUUCAGAAAGUACAGUCUGCCGAUUUUUAUUAUUCUCAGUCUUUUAGGAAACAGUUUUUCCGCCAUUGUGCACUUUCGUAAAAACAUGCGUUCUUUCUCCUCCAACAUUUACUUGGGCGUACUAGCAAUAUGCGACAUCAUCUAUUCGAUGAUAUUACUUAUUCACUGGCUCCUUUUAUUUGAUAAUAUAGAACAAAAAAUAAAUUAUUCGAAUUGGUUAAGUUCCUUCCUAUACUUUUCGAUCGUCAUUUUCGAGUUCUUGAGUGUGUGGCUUAUAGUAGCUUUUACCAUCGAGCGAUAUAUAGUGACGAAAUAUCCGUUUCUGCGUCGAUCCUGGUGCACUGUCAAACGAGCAAAAAUCGUAGUGGUCACGUUGAUGGGACUAGCGGUUUUGCGCAGCAUUGCACUGCAUUUUACUUUUUUUAUUUAUGGAACCAUACAGUAUGAAACAUUUAGUAAAAAAGAAAUAAAUAUCUAUGAUGUAUACAAACAUCUUGACGAUCAGAUAAGCUUUACUCUGACAAGGGACAUUAUAGAUUCUAUUACAAUAUUUACUCUACCUGCUCUCGUGAUAGUAAUCUGCAAUAUUCUGAUAGGAUACCACAUUUAUCAGCAAAAUCGUUUUCGCAAAACCUUGAUUAUAGCGUCCGAGUCUUCUAAUAAGAGAAUUCAAAUUUCUAGUGAUAAAAUGCUUCAGCAGAAGAUCACAAAAAAGCUUAUUUUCGUUUCGAGCAUAUUUGUUAUCUUGAAAUUACCUGCAUAUUUUCUUUUUUACAUUAAGAAUUACAUACCUAAAUAUGUCAAUAUAGAUGUUAUAGCAUUAAUAUGCGAUUUAUUAAACACAGCACAUCACUGUAUAAAUUUUGUUCUCUACUGCGCAACGGGACAAACUUUUCGCAGAGAACUAAUCCGCAUGUUUACGAAACAUACAAAUAUAAGAAAUUAACAGAAAUAUCAUGGAGAUGUACAAUCAUAAGUAACAGUUUGAUUGAUAUCCAAUUAUGCAGUCAUAAUAAGUUUGCAAGUUUACGUCUAAUCGCACUUCAAACAAAAGAGUGUAUUUGUCAACAACGAAUAACUAAAAAGUUUUCAAGAGAAGCUAACACUCCUGAUAUACACUAGAGAUUAUAAUAUACAUUUUAACAUAAUAAAAAUAUAAUUAACUGCAAAUAGCUAAAUAAGAUAGUUUAAGAUAUUAUUGUAUUAAAAGUAUUAAAAGUAAGUCAAA